AUGACCGGCUGGAGAAUGCGGCCGACUGCAUCGGCGUUCGGCGUCAUCGCCAUUGUCUCCGUCAUGAUCACUGCCACGCCGUCAGGGGCGGACAGCGGCGCCAUCGAGCCCAGUAUCAAUCAUCCCGGAGUGGACGAGGAGGAGCCUCGUCUCCCGCAGGACGAAAAGACCGCGAACCAGAGUAGCAUCGCGGACGACCUAAUCGGCGUGACGCUUCGAACACGCGUGAACGACACCGCCAACGAGGUUCCCUCGACCAAAGACACCCAUCAGAUCCGUAGAAAUCAGGAAAACGUAACGAGCGUCUCGCAAGUGAACGAACAGAGCAUCGUCGAGGUGCAGAGGGAUCAGAGCGACCUGUUGUCCGUCGCUGCGGCACCGAGCGAUGUUCACGAGCCGGAACACGAUCCUCUGGGAUCAGAGGGAAGACCAAUGGAACGCAACAAUCCUGAAAGCAAGGCUCAGCACGCGAGCAGGGAUUUCCUAGCCUCGACUCGACCGAAUCGAGCAGAAAUAUCCUCGAGUACCGGACACUGGGAGAUACAGUUGCCCGAUCCGAGAGGUCAAGAACAGCUGGACGGUGUCCAGGUGAACGAAGAGGAUCUGCGAAACGUCGUGGAACACGAAAACGAUCCGAUAGACGAUUCUCGCGUGGACAAGGUGAACAGAGAAGGCUCGAUCACCGUCACGAUCCCGUCGAUCCACCAAACGAUCGUCACAGAGGCGAGACAGAUCGAGCAGAAGAACGUCGACGACAUCAGAGCUAUCUCGUUCCAAGUACCUGCCGCCGAGGUGUCCGAGGACGCAGACAGACGUCAGUACGGGAAUGAACAAGGGAGGAACGUGGGCGAAUCGAGGAAAGAUCAUUCCAGAACGGUGAACAGUAGCAAGUCCACCAAGGCGUUCUACGAGAUAAAACCGUCGAUCAAGACCGAGAUGGAGGGUGAUCAACAGAGCAUCGGCAGUACCCAGAGGCCUCUAACCGGACGGAAGUUCGUUCUGCCUAGCGUGGACAGCGCUUUCGGGAAAUUCGGGCCUUACUUCGAGGACGGUGACCAGGAGAUGAAUAUCACUGCCAGAAUAGGGAGCACGAUGUUGCUCGACUGUAAAAUCGGCAUGCUCGGCGACAAGAAGGUUACGUGGCUGCAGCAGCCCAGCAAGGACCUGUUUCGUCUGCUCACCGUUGGAAUGACACCUUAUAGCGUGGACCAGAGGAUCAGUCUCAACUUCCGGUAUCCGAGCAAUUGGAGAUUACAGAUACUGUACGCGACCCCGAGGGAUUCCGGCUUAUACAAGUGCCAAGUGGCUACGCAUCCGCCGCUUGUUAAAACGAUUAACGUCGUCGUUACGGCGCCGGAGUUGACCAUAACGGACGAUUCCGGCCGAGUAGUGCCUAAAGAGAGGCACCUAAAGGCAGGAAGCGCUCUGAAGCUGAGAUGCGAAGCCAGGGAUGUUAUCGAGUCUCUGAAGGAGUCUGUCAUUUGGACCAGGGGAGACGAAACGCUCACUGAGGACGUCAGUGAGAACAGGACGAUGGAGGUCCUAGCCGGCAAGGAGGUCCUCGUGAUCGUGAGCACUCUGGUCGUGGAGAGGGCCACUCCCAGGCAUGCUGGGAAUUAUAGCUGCGUGGUGCCAGGGAAGGUCAAGACCACCAUCGCGGUUCACGUGUUGAACGGGGAGCUACCAGCCGCGGUGCACGACGGUAACGGGGUCUCCAGGGCGUUUCUCAACCUGUGGCUAAUUCACUUAACUAUGAGCUACGUUUUCUCUAGAUGA